AUGGAUAUUCUCUGUGAAGAAAACACUUCUUUGAGCUCGACUACAAACUCCUUAAUGCAAUUAAAUGAUGACACAAGGCUCUACAAGAAUGACUUUAACUCCGGAGAAGCUAACACUUCGGAUGCGUUUAACUGGACAGUGGACUCAGAAAAUCGAACCAACCUUUCCUGUGAGGGCUGCCUGUCACCACCCUGCUUCUCCUUACUUCAUCUCCAGGAAAAGAACUGGUCUGCUUUGUUGACAACCGUAGUGAUUAUUCUAACCAUUGCUGGAAACAUACUUGUCAUCAUGGCAGUGUCCCUAGAGAAAAAGCUGCAGAAUGCCACCAACUAUUUCCUGAUGUCACUUGCCAUAGCUGAUAUGCUGCUGGGUUUCCUUGUCAUGCCCGUGUCCACAUUAACCAUCCUUUAUGGGUACCGGUGGCCUCUGCCUAGCAAGCUCUGUGCCGUCUGGAUUUACCUGGAUGUGCUCUUCUCCACGGCCUCCAUCAUGCACCUCUGCGCCAUCUCCCUGGAUCGCUAUGUUGCCAUCCAGAACCCCAUCCAUCACAGCCGAUUCAACUCCAGAACUAAGGCAUUUCUGAAAAUAAUUGCUGUUUGGACUAUAUCAGUAGGUAUAUCCAUGCCAAUACCAGUCUUUGGGCUCCAGGAUGAUUCGAAGGUCUUUAAGGAAGGAAGUUGCCUACUCGCCGAUGAUAACUUUGUCCUGAUUGGCUCUUUCGUGUCCUUUUUCAUUCCCUUAACCAUCAUGGUGAUCACCUACUUUCUAACCAUCAAGUCGCUCCAGAAAGAAGCUACUCUGUGUGUGAGUGAUCUUGGAACACGGGCCAAAUUAGCUUCUUUCAGCUUCCUGCCUCAGAGCUCCCUGUCUUCAGAAAAGCUCUUCCAGCGGUCCAUCCACAGGGAGCCAGGCUCCUACGGCAGGAGGACUAUGCAGUCCAUCAGCAACGAGCAAAAGGCUUGCAAGGUGCUGGGCAUCGUCUUCUUUCUGUUUGUGGUGAUGUGGUGCCCCUUCUUCAUCACCAACAUAAUGGCCGUCAUCUGCAAAGAGUCCUGCAACGAGGAUGUCAUCGGAGCCCUGCUCAAUGUGUUCGUUUGGAUCGGUUACCUCUCCUCAGCAGUCAACCCGCUAGUGUACACACUGUUCAAUAAGACCUAUAGGUCGGCCUUUUCCAGGUAUAUUCAGUGUCAGUACAAGGAAAAUAAAAAACCCUUGCAGUUAAUUUUAGUGAACACUAUCCCAGCCUUGGCCUACAAGUCUAGUCAACUCCAAAUGGGACAAAGAAAGAAUUCGAAGGAAGAUGACAAGACGACAGAUAACGACUGCACUAUGGUUGCUCUAGGAAAACAACAUUCAGAAGAUGCUCCUACAGAUAAUAUCAACACAGUGACUGAAAAGGUUAGCUGUGUGUGA